AGGCAUUCAAGAGAAGAGGCUCCUUGGAGGAGCAGGAUCAUGGCCGGAGAACUGCAGCUGGCGUUCAUCAGCUGGCAGAGUCCCAAGAACAACGUGCAGCACCACACGGCAGAGAUGGGCACUCGGCAGCUGGUUGUGAGGCGGGGACAGCCGUUCACCAUCACCCUCCACUUCUACUCCCGAGGCUACCAGCCUGGGCGGGACUCCUUGCACCUGAUUGCAGAGACCGGCCCUCAGCCGGAGGUGCAGGCCGGGACCCGAUCCAUCUUCCCGGUGGGACCGGGCCAGCCGGACUCGACGGGCGUCUGGCGGGCCGCCUCCGUCUCCAGCGGGCCCCAAGCCACGGACGUUGCCGUGUCGGCUCCCGCCGGGGCCCCCAUUGGCCGCUACCGGCUGAAGAUCCGCGUUGACUCCGCCGGCCGCUCCUCCUCCUUCUACUACCUGGGCGAGUUCAUCCUGCUCUUCAACGCGUGGUGCCCAGAUGAUGCCGUGUAUCUGGAGAACGAGCUGGCCAGGCAAGAGUACCUCUUGAACGAACAAGGCCUCAUCUACCAAGGAAACAGGAACUGGAUCCGCUCCAUUCCCUGGAACUUCGGACAGUUUGAGGAGGACAUUGUGGGGAUCUGCUUGAAACUGCUGGACAAGAGCUUGCACUUCUUGCAUGACCCAGCCAAGGAUUGCUCCUUGCGCAGCAGCCCUGUCUAUGUCAGCCGGGUGCUGAGUGCUAUGAUCAACAGCAAUGAUGACAACGGGGUCCUCCUGGGCAACUGGAGCGAGGACUACUCUGGCGGUGUCCGUCCGACCGAGUGGAGCGGCAGCAUCGCCAUCCUGACCCAGUGGGACCGCACUGGAGGCCAGCCGGUCAAGUACGGGCAGUGUUGGGUCUUUGCAGCUGUGAUGUGUACAGUGAUGCGAUGCCUCGGGAUCCCAACCCGUGUGGUGACUAACUUCGAUUCAGGACAUGAGAAGGACGGGAACCUGAUCAUUGACAUGUUCUAUGACAAGACAGGGCGGCUCCUGCCCACGGAGAGCAGUGACAGCAUCUGGAACUUCCACGUGUGGAAUGAGUGCUGGAUGGCACGGAGAGACCUUCCCCCAGGGAACGAUGGCUGGCAGGUCCUGGACGCAACACCGCAGGAGCGCAGCAACGGGCUGUACUGCUGUGGCCCAGCCCCCGUCACAGCCAUCCGGGAAGGAGACGUGCACCUCCGCCACGAUGCCCCUUUCGUGUUCUCGAUGGUAAAUGCCGACCGUGUGGCUUGGCUGCUUGACGGGACGAAGAAGGAAAAGCUGCAGUGGGACACGAGUGCUGUUGGGAACAACAUCAGCACCAAACGCGUCGGGAGUGACGAGCGGGAGGACAUCACCAGCACCUACAAGCCCCUGGAAGGGUCCCUGGAGGAGCGCCGGGUGUUCCUGAAGGCUCUUGGUCACAGGCAGCCACUCAGUGCCGUGCGGGUCAGGGCAGGAGUCCUUCCGGCAGGGUUUUCUACCCCUGCAGAUGGCAGCUCCCUGGAGCCCCCAGUGUUGGCCCAAACCUCCCUGAAGCUGAGGCUGGUGGAGAGUCCUGAAGUGGGCCAGGACAUCAACCUGACUCUCCUCGCAUGUAACCUGGAGCCGGCCUACAAGGAGCUCAAGCUGAGUCUCAGUGCCCAGCCAGUGCUGCAUAAUGGCAGUCCGUUGCCUCCUUUCUGGCAGGACACACUGUACCUCUCCCUCAGCCCCAAGGAAGAGAAGACCAUUCCCUGGCGGAUCUCCUAUGAGCAGUACGGCAAGCACCUGGGCGAAGGCAAGCAGUUCUGCGUCAUUGCCCUGGGGGAGGAGAACACCACCUGGCAGAAGAUCCUGGCAGAAAAGACCAUUACUGUGGCCAGCCCUACCCUUCUCAUCAAUGUGUUGGCCCCCGUGGUGGUGAACCAGCCCUUCCCGUUGCAAGUGGAAUUUGCCAACCCCCUCUCGGAGCCUGUGGGCAGCUGCGUCUUGACCAUGGAAGGCAGCGGGCUGGUAAAGGGCCAGCCCCAGAUAGAGUUGGGCCCCCUCGGUCCCUGGAAACAGGCCAGCGUCAGGUUUCAGCUGAUUCCAUACAAGAGCGGACUGAGGCAGCUGCAGGUCACCCUCAAGAGUGGCCAGUUCCCACCCAUCAAGGGGCAUACACAGCUGCAGACACCACCAGCACUAUGCAGCCAGCCCCGGUUCCCCUUGACAUCAGUUGCCCGGCGUCCGGCAGCCACUUUGGGAGGCAUCCGCGGCGGCGAGGUCAUUGCCAUGCCACGUCCAGGUCUCUCAGGCGCGGCAGCCCUGCAGGUGGCGAGGUGCGACUUGCAGCCGUCGAGGAACAAUCGGGCGCACCGCACGGCCGCUGUCAGCACCGAGCGCCUGGUGGUGCGGCGGGGGCAGCCCUACGCCAUCACUUCCCACUUCUCGGCCCGCUGCAAGGAGACCCGCGACGGUGGCUGCGCAAGACCUCGCUGCUCGCCCAGACCAGGCUGCGAGCCCUGCCGGGAACAAGAUGUAGAACCCGGAGCCGGGUCGGGGGAGAAGGAGGCUGGGGGAGGAAGAGCCCGCCGAGAGCUGCACCGUCGGCAGUUGCUGCGGGAGGGAGGGGGUGGACAGCAGCCAUCACAAGCAGAUGGGUCUGUGGCCCAGUUCCCCAUCUCCUGGCCGGACAACCCAAGUGGGUGGAAGGCUACGGUAGAAGCCCCAGAGGCCGUCUCUUGGAUGCUGACGGUGACCUCUCCAGCCAACGCUGCCAUCGGCCACUACACCCUGCUGCUGCGUGUACCAGGCAAGGGCCAAAGGGCUCAGCACCCCCUGGGCACCUUCACGCUGCUCUUCAACCCCUGGUGCCAAGGCGACAGCGUCUUCCUCCCCAACGAGGCCGAGCGCCAGGAAUACGUCUGCAAUGAGGACGGGACCAUCUACUGGGGGCUGGAGGGGGGACUACGGCCAGUAACUGUGCCCAUCGUGGCUCAGACAGCCUGCAGGCCUGUUCCUUCCCUGGCCAGAGCUCUCCUGUGGCAGACGCAUUGGGGCAGGCAGGCAGGUGGGCAAGGCUUCCUGUUCCAGCCUGGAGGUCUCCUGCACUCUUUUCAGUUUGAAGAGGAUAUUGUCAACCUCAGCCUGGCCCUGCCUGACAUCAGCCUGCUCUUGCUGCAGGAUGCAGCCCGUGCCCAGCGCAGCAACCCUGUCCACGUCGGCCGCCUGGUCAGUGCUAUGAUGAACAGCAACGUGCACCGAGCGAUCCUGGAGGGAUGCUGGAUGGGGGACUACAGCGAUGGAACACCCCCUUCCAAGUGGCCAGGCAGUGCCCCCAUCCUACGUCAGUGGCUGGCAGUGCGGUGCCUUCCUGUCCACUAUGGGCAAUGCUGGGUCUUUGCUGCAGUCCUAUGCACAGGGCUGAGAAGCCUGGGGAUCCCCACGCGGGUCGUCACCAGCUUUACCUCAGCCCAGGACACGGGUGGCCGCCUGCAAGUGGACGAGUACUUUGAUGGAAGCGGAGUGCUGAUCCGUGGGAGCUCAAUGACCACCAUCUGGCCUUUCCAUGCCUGGAAUGAAUGCUGGCUCGCACGUGUGGAUCUGCCCCCAGGCUAUGACCGAUGGCAAGCCUUGGAUGCCACACCUCAAGAAGAGGGCAGCGGGUCAUCCUGCUGUGGGCCAGCGCCAGUCAGGGCCAUCAAGGAGGGCCGCCUGGAUCUGGCCUACGAUGUCGCCACCUUCUAUGUAGCCACCAAUGCCACCUGCACCGCCUGGAUACUGCAGGAAAAUGGAGACUUGGAACAAGCCUUUUCUAGCAUCAAGUACGUUGGCAACAAUAUCAGCACAAAGGGCGUGGGCAGCGAGCGCUUCGAGGACCUCACUCAGAACUACAAGUAUCCCGACGGGUCUGCUGCGGAGACGGCUGUGCUCAAGAAGGCCGGCCAGACACUGGAGGAGCGCAGAGACCAGAGUCGCUGCGUCGAGGAUCGCCCACUGCUGCCACCGCUGGCCCUCACUCCCCUGGCCCAGGAAGAGGAGCUGCAGCACAAUGGCAGGGCCCUGGCCCAGUUCUGGAAGGAGUUUCAUCUCAUCCUCCAGGCGGGCAUGGUCCCAGGGCGGGUGGCCCAGUUCCAGCCCAUGGAGGUAGAGAUCCAUCUGCGCAACCCCCUGCCCCAGCCCCUCACUGGCCACGUCGUGGCUGUAUCUGGACGGGGACUCGUCUACAAGACAAAGAGCUACAGGCUGGGAGCCAUCGAAGCAGGCACCACUGCGGCCCUGAGCGUCCCAUUCACACCGACCCAGGCAGGGCCCCGCAGGCUCACGGUGCACCUCGAGAGAGGCCUGCUCCAGCCUCUCAAGGCCUGCAGGACUAUUCAGGUGGCAGCAGCUCAGGACUUAGGAGAGCAGCAAGCACCGGACGAGGCAGACUGGACGACGGCAGCAGCCCCCCUACCAUUAAAGGCCCCUGAAUGACACCCUUGACUGCUGCUCCUUCUUCUUAAGGGAAUGGGGGAGGGUGGAGCUGGGGUAAAUAA